AUGGAGGCGACGCCGGAAGACAUUGAAUACAUACGCUCCCUGAUAAGCAAACGGUUGGAGCAAGGACGAGGCGAAGCGUUAUUUGAAAUCGGUUUGGAAGAGGACGAUUCUUCCAUGCACCUUACCAAAGAACAGUACCAGAAAUGCCUGACAACGCUCGAACUAGUCAUGGUCGAUCUUCAUGCUGACUUUGCCGAUGUCGAUGAAAUAAACUUGCUGGAUCAAACAGACAGUCAAACAACAAAAAUGUCAACGAAAUCUCUAGAGGACGGCGUAAUUGGGCAUGUUAUGAUCAGAAAACGUCCUAAAUCAGUACAAGACAUGCUGGAAAUUCGAAUAGCUGUAGUUGGCAACGUAGACGCUGGCAAGUCCACAUUACUGGGUGUACUUACAAAAGGUAUCCUUGAUGAUGGUCGAGGCAAAGCCAGAGUGAACCUAUUCCGCCACAAGCACGAAAUAGAAUCUGGGCGAACGUCCAGUGUCGGCGGCGAAAUCUUAGGGUUCGACUCCAAAUCACACCCCAUCCUUCACCCCAGUGCAUCUGGUCGCAAGCUUACUUGGGAGGAAGUGUGUAGCCGAGCAGCCAAAGUAUUAAGUUUCGUGGAUUUGGCGGGGCACGAGAAAUACCUGAAGACCACCGUGCUUGGCAUGACAGGCAGUGCUCCCGAAUUUGUUAUGCUAAUGGUUGGCGCUAACGCAGGCAUGAUCGGCAUGACCAAAGAACAUCUUGGUAUUGCCCUGUCACUAGGUAUACCGGUCCUUGUUGUUGUUACAAAGAUCGAUCGGUGUCCCCCGAAUAUUCGAGAAAAGACGAUCAAAGAACUCACAUCAAUAUUGAAAUCCAAGUCUUGUCGAAAAAUCCCGCUAUUUGUGGAAAACAGCCAUGAUGCAGUAAUGACAGCACAAAACUUUGUCAGCGAACGUCUAUGUCCCAUUUUCCAGAUCAGCAACGUGACAGGCGAAGGGCUUGAUUUACUACGGAAUUUCCUCAACAUUUUGCCAUCCAUGACCAAAUACGAUACAAGUCUUCCAUUCCACUACGAGGUCAACGAAACAUACUCUGUGCCUUUUGUGGGUACAGUAGUUAGUGGGAUCCUAAAAACUGGAAUGAUUCAUGUGGGUGAUCGCGUGUUGAUCGGUCCAGAUUCUACCGGUCAAUUUAUUCCUACCACCAUCAAAGGCAUUCAUCGAAAGCGGGUGUCAGUUCCGGUUGCAAAGGCGGGUCAGAGCGUCACGUUUGCAAUAAAAAAUAUCCGACGGAGCACGAUCCGCAAAGGCAUGGUGUUGCUGAAUUACGAUAAAGACCAACCUAUGCCUAAGGCUUCUCGGAAGUUCGAAGCGGAGAUCCUCGUACUAUACCAUUCAACGACUAUCAAACAAAAGUAUCAAGCAAUGGUCCAUUGUGGUGCGGUACGACAGACUGCCAGUAUUGUGAACAUGCAGAAUACGGUAUUAAGGACGGGUGACCGUGCUAAAGUGCAAUUUGAGUUUGUGAAAAAUCCAGAAUAUUUGGUGGAAGGCACACGGCUGAUAUUCCGUGAAGGGCGUACGAAAGGUGUGGGGAAAAUCACCCGACUAUUAGCAUAG